UUCAGCAAAAUAUGAUGGAUUUGAAAGAGUUCGAAGCGUACCGGUCUCCACUGAAGGACUUUUAUCGAGACAAGAUUGUCUUCCUGACGGGUGGUACCGGGUUUUUGGGGAAGCUCUACAUCGAGAAGCUCAUACGGUGUGGCGUGUCGGAGAUCUUACUGCUUUCGAGGGCAAAGCAGGGCAAGACUCCACUGGAGAGGCUGGCGACCAUUCUUGGCUCCGAACCGGUCUUCACAAGGUAUCAGGAUGAACCGGAACUGUACCAUCAGAAGCUCAAGAUCAUCGACGGGGAUGUGAGCAAGCACCAGUUGGCGAUCAGUAACGAUGACAUGUCCUACAUCAUCAACAGGGCGAAUAUCUUUCUGCAUGCAGCAGCGGACGUAAGGUUCGAUGAAUCACUGAAGGAAUCGGUUGAGACGAACGUUCGUGGAACUAGUGAGGUUUUGAAGAUUGCGGAGCAAGCAAAGGCCCUGAAUUUGUUCAUCUACGUAUCGACGGCUUUCUCCCACUGCUAUCGGGAGAAGAUUGAGGAAAAGUUCUACCCUGCGAUGUACGAUCCCUAUAAGAUGAUUGAGUUGGUAGAGCAGGAGAUGGACGGCGAGGGUUUCGAGGUGAUUGCUCGGAAAAUCAUUGGAGAGUGGCCUAAUACGUAUGCGUUUACAAAGUCCCUGGCGGAGGAAAUUGUUCGGCGAUAUGUCGAUAUGAUGCCGAUUGCGGUGAUUCGACCUUCGAUUGUGACUACAACAAACAGCGAUCCAAUCCCUGGCUGGACGGACAACCUCUACGGAUUCAAUGGGGUUGUCGUCGGCGCUGCCACGGGAGCUCUUCGGAUCUUUCACAUCAAUAACGACUACCGAGCGGACAUCAUUCCAGCGGACAUCGUCAUCAACGGAACUUUGGCGGCUGGUUGGUACGCAACCAACCACCGCUCUGAAACCAACAUCGUUAACUGCACCGUUGCGGACAAUCCGCUUUCGUGGGGAAUAAUUCGACGCGAGCAGUUGAAGUGGGCGGACAAGAUUCCCUUCAAGGGUGGCUUGUGGAUUCCGACGUACAACACUACCAAGUACUAUCUGGUUUCCGAGUUUCUGAAAAUCUUCUACCACAUCAUUCCGGCAAUCUUUUUCGAUUUGGCGCUCAAGCUGAACAGCCAGAAGCCACGGGUUCUAAAGCUGUACAAGAAAGUACACAAGUUCUCGGAAGUGUUGCGCUUCUUCACCAACAACGAGUGGGACUUUCGGAACGAGCAGUUUCACAAGGUGAUCAGCCACAUGACCGAUGACGAUAGGAAGUUUUUCCCUUGCGAAGUUGACCAGAUCGACUGGAAGGAGUUUCUGGCACAGAACGUCAAGGGACUGCGGAUGUACGUCAUGAAGGAGAAGUGGGACAACCUGGAGCAGGCCAAGAAGCUGUACCAGAGACGACGGCUGGCCCAUAUGGUGAUUCUGGUUGGCUACUAUCUGACGGUGGGCUAUGUGGUGUACAAACUGUUGCAAUUCACUGGUUUGAUGGACGUCAUUGAAGGAUGGUUGACUGGACACCAAUGACGGGCUGGAGGUACCGAGUGUUUCCUUUAC